AUGCUGUCGCCCCUUGAGAUGCUGGGCAUUAUCGCGGCGUUCGCGCCCGUGCUCAUACGGUACCACCGUUCCUGCCUCCGGCUUUCAUACCCACCCGGUCCUCCUAGACAGAUGUUCAUCGGUACUCUCAUCUUCUUCUCCAAGAUGACGGGUCUCGUAGCUAAGGAUUAUGGACCCAUCAUACGCUUGCGCUUCCUAUCGAAGUACAUCAUCAUCCUAUCGUCCGCGCAAGCCGUGUUCGACCUCUUGGAUAAACGCGCGGAGAUACACUCUGGACAACGGACAUCCAUUCUCUAUUUUGAGAUGCUGGGGCGCGAACUUUAA